AAUAUAGAAGGAUCAACGUCAACAGAGCAUCCCAUCAGGCUUCUGACAAUUUCAUUCAACGCCUCCACCGAGCAAUUGAAGAUGGAAUACGAUCCCAAGACUCCGCAAUACAGCACCAGUGACUCAACCUCAUUCGCAUACGUUUCGGCGCGCGAGCGAUGGCCCGUCAUCCUCACUCAAGGCAUUGACGACGUUCACCGAGCCACCUAUUCUCAAGAUGCCGAAGAAGCACAGAAAGAGGGCAAACUGAUUGUCUCCGAAAUCGCCAAACUGAAAUACGAACUUCAACAUAACCGCGAGCUGACGCCUAUCGACGAUGACGGCGAGGGGGACGUGGCCGAGUACAACAAGGAGUUGCAGGCGCUGGGGAAGCCGCAAUGGCAUAACGUACCGUGGCUUUACUCCGAGUGCUAUCUAUACCGACGUGUUUCGAGUAUCUUCAAGCGGACACAGCACUGGAAGUCAUAUGACAUCUUCGCCCGCCAGAAGAUGUCUACGUUCAAAUCAUCCCGGCCGGCCGUCAUCGAGCUAGCCUCUCGCUACAAGAGCAUCGUCACUGAUCUCGAAGCAAAACACACCAUCAAGGGCGCAAACACACAAGAGCAGCUUCUAGAAGCAGAGAAGGUUCUUUUCAAAGAAAUGAGCGAAAUAUGUCUCUGGGGAAACGCUACGGAUCUCUCCCUCUUGACGAACCUGACGUACGAAGAUCUGCAGAAGCUACAGGGGUCUGAGGCGCGGAAAGCGUCGGAGAAGAACAUUCUCGUCAAUGACCUGGACAAGGCCUUCAAUGUACUUUCGGAGUCGCAAAAGCAAGGCAAUAAGGAGCGAAGAGUGGAUAUUGUUCUCGACAAUGCCGGUUUCGAACUUUUCGUCGACUUGAUCUUGGCCGGCUACUUGCUUGCUGCUGGCCUGGCCACCACCGUCGUGCUUCACCCGAAGUCGAUACCGUGGUUUGUUUCAGAUGUCUUGCCCAAUGAUUUUGGGGCGCUCAUCCAGGCACUUGCCGAUCCCCAAUCCUUCUACAGCGCGCUUUCAGACGACGAGAAACAUGCUGGCAAAUCGGCGGUGCCUCUGUCUGAUACCGAAGUGCAGGACCUCCAGUUCUUGUUCAGCCAUUGGAGCAGUUUCCAUGCUGAAGGCCAACUCGUCCUUCGUCCCAAUACCUUCUGGACCGCUGGAGGCAGUUUCUGGCGUCUGCCAAAGACCGAGCCCAGUCUGUACGAAGACUUGAAGGAGAGCGAGCUUGUUAUUUUCAAGGGGGACCUGAACUACAGGAAGUUGACCGCAGAUGCGGCAUGGCCGGCGACCACUCCUUUCACGGAAGCUAUUGGUCCCCUAGGACCAGGCUCAGGCGUACGCGUCCUUGCUCUCAGAACCUGCAAGGCAGAUGUUGUUGUUGGUUUGCCAGGCGGUGAGGAUGAGAGAAUCAAGGCGACCGAAGGCGGCGAUGGUGAUAGUGGGGCGAGAAAGUGGGCAUGGAGUGGAAAGUGGGCUGUCGUGCAGAUGUCGGAUGGUAAAGCAUAA